CUGUAGACAAGAUUGAGAAGUGUGUGCUGUUCCUGGUUCCUGAUGUUCCUAGCUGUGGAACUGGGGCACAGGUGUCAUAUGUAACCACAGUGCCUCUAUUUUCCCAUGGAAGGAAGCAUCUAUAUUGCCUGCCUCACAGGGUGGGGCUACGCAUGAUGUGGGUGUUAGGUCCAUGAAAUGUAAGGAGCCACAGCUCUGACUAUCUGUGGGUAUCUAUAAUGAGGUCUCACUCAGGGAAAGAGAAGUGGACAGGAUUUAGAAUUUUGCUACUUGGCCCUCCAGGCGAUCUGAGAGUUUUAGGGCUCCCAGGAAGACAGAAAAGGUGGCUUUAAGGGAGAUAUUGUUUCUCUACUAGGAAGACCCCCACCCCCAGCCAGCUGCCAUCCAUGGCAAAAUUCCCAACCCUUUCUUGGAAAAUCUUUUCCUUGGCUACAAAUUGUUUCUUUUGCUCUUAUUUCCAAAUUCUUGGAAUCAUGGAACAUGAUUAUUAGAGCCCCUCAGCAAAAGACAGAUAACUUCUGCCUAAAUACACGGAGGCUGGGCAUCACGGGCUUGUGAAGGGUUAAGGGAGCCACACCCUCAUCAGAAACAGCCCUGGACUUUGUGCUGAGCAGCCUUCUCUCUGGCCUCUUCUGGCCUGAGCGGCACCAGGAGACUGAAGGAGGCAGCACAGAGGAAGGACGGACGGGGGACACCUGGCUUCCCUGACACCAUGGACAGCUCCUGCUAACUAAGACACCUCUUCACACUUCCCAUCUGUGGCUGGCUCAUCCCCUUCCGUCAGACUGGGACUCCACACCCCCAUUCUCCAAGGAGCAUCAAAUUAUAUCCUUGUUCCGGUGUUAGGAUCUCAACCCUCUUGACAUGUCUCUCCUGGAAGGCCAAGUGGGGGUGGAGGACCUUGUCCUCCUGGAACCCCUGGAUGAGGAUUCUCUGAUCAAGAACCUCCGGCUCCGUUAUGAAGAAAAGGAGAUUUAUACCUACAUUGGGAGUGUGGUGAUCUCAGUGAAUCCCUACCAGUCGCUUCCCAUUUAUGGCCCAGAGUUCAUUGCCAAAUACCGGGACUACACUUUCUAUGAGCUGAAACCCCACAUCUAUGCUUUGGCCAAUAUGGCCUACCAGUCACUGAAGGACCGGGACCUGGACCAGUGUAUCCUCAUCACAGGCGAGAGUGGAGCUGGGAAGACAGAGGCGAGUAAGCUGGUUAUGUCCUACGUGGCUGCCGUCUGUGGAAAAGGAGAUGAGGUGAACGUUGUGAAGGAGCAGCUACUGCAGUCAAACCCAGUGCUGGAGGCAUUUGGCAAUGCCAAGACCAUCCGCAAUGACAACUCCUCUCGAUUUGGAAAAUACAUGGAUAUUGAGUUUGACUUCAAAGGAUCCCCCCUUGGCGGUGUCAUCACCAACUAUCUGCUGGAGAAAUCCCGAGUAGUGAAGCAGCUCAAAGGAGAAAGGAACUUCCACAUCUUCUACCAGCUGCUGGCUGGAGCAGACCCACAGUUGCUAAAGGCCCUGAAGCUUGAGCAGGAUGCAAGUAGCUAUACCUAUCUGAACGGGGCAGUGUCCCAAGUGAAUGGCAUGGAUGAUGCCUCCAACUUCAGGGCUUUACAGCACCUUCCCUUCCGUCCUCCCUCUCCAGCCCGGUCAAGCUGCAGCUCUCUUUGCCCCUGCUCUGAUCCUGUCCACCUGCUGUGCUCAGGGGGCUUCCUCUUAUUUGUCCUCCCUCUCCUCCAGGUGGGCACUGAGGAGAAGAGGAAGGUUAUGGGGGUUCUGGAUAUCUACGGAUUUGAGAUUCUGGAGGAUAACAGUUUUGAGCAGUUCGUGAUCAACUACUGCAACGAGAAGCUGCAGCAGGUGUUCAUAGAGCUGACCUUGAAGGAGGAACAAGAGGAGUACAAGAGAGAGGGCAUACCGUGGACCAAGGUGGACUACUUUGACAACGGCAUCAUCUGUAACCUCAUUGAGCAUAGUCAGCGAGGCAUCCUGGCCAUGCUGGAUGAGGAGUGCCUGAGGCCUGGGGUGGUCAGCGACUCCACUUUCCUGGCAAAGCUGAACCAGCUCUUCUCGAAGCACAGUCACUAUGAGAGCAAAGUCACCCAGAAUGCCCAGCGCCAGUACGACCAUUCCAUGGGGCUCAGCUGCUUUCGCAUCUCCCACUAUGCGGGCAAGGUGACUUACAACGUGAAUGGCUUCAUCGACAAGAAUAACGACCUGCUCUUCCGAGACCUAUCCCAGACCAUGUGGAAGGCCCGGCAUCCUCUCCUUCGGUCCUUGUUCCCAGAGGGUAAUCCCAAGGAAGCGUCUCUCAAACGUCCCCCGACUGCUGGGUCACAGUUUAAGAAUUCGGUGGCCGUACUCAUGAAGAACCUGUACUCUAAGAACCCCAACUAUAUCAGGUGCAUAAAGCCCAACGACCUGCAACAGUACGGCAGGUUUUCCCCAGAGCUGGUUGUGGUCCAGGCUCGAUACCUGGGGCUGCUGGAGAAUGUUCGGGUGCGUAGGGCUGGCUAUGCCCACCGCCAACUCUACAGGCCUUUCUUCGAAAGGUACCGACUGCUGAGCAGGAGCACCUGGCCUCACUGGAACGGGGGAGACCGGGAAGGUGUGGAGAAGGUCCUGGAGUCUGUGGCUGUGUCCUCAGAGGAGCUGGCCUAUGGGAAGACAAAGAUCUUUAUCAGAAGUCCCAAGACUCUUUUCUACUUGGAGGAACAAAGGCGUCUGAAGAUCCAGCAGCUGGCCACGCUCAUCCAGAAGGUAUACCGGGGCUGGCGCUGCCGGACGCACUACCAGCAGAUGCGCAAAAGUCAGAUCCUCAUCUCCGCUUGGUUCCGGGGCAACAAGCAAAGGAAGCAUUACGGGAAGAUAAAGGCCUCAACACUGUUGAUCCAGGCUUUCGUGAGAGGGUGGAAGGCCCGCAAGAAUUAUCGAAAAUACUUCCGGUCAGGCGCUGCCCGCACCUUGUCCAACUUUAUCUAUAAGAGCAUGGCACUGAAAUUUCUCUUGGCUCUGAAGAAGAAUUUGCCAUCCACCAAAGUCUUGGACGACACAUGGCCCCCUGCCCCUUAUAGGUACUUCAACAGGGCCAAUCAGGAGCUGAAGCGCAUCUUCCACCAGUGGAAGUGCAAGAAGUUCCGAGAUCAGCUGUCACCGAAGCAGGUGCAGAUGCUGAGGGAAAAGCUCUGUGCCAGCGAACUGUUCAAGAGCAAGAAGGCUUCCUACCCUCAGAGUGUCCCGAUUCCAUACCGUGGUGAUUACGUUGGGCUGCAGGGGAACCCCAAGCUGCAGAAACUGAAGGGUAAGGAGGAAGGGCCUGUUCUGAUGGCGGACACUGUGAAGAAGGUCAACCGUGGCAAUGGCAAGACAUCUGCCCGGAUUCUCCUCCUCACCAAGGGGCAUGUGAUUCUCACAGAUGCCAAGAAGUCCCAGGCCCAAAUUGUCAUUGGGCUGGAGAAUGUGACUGGGGUGUCAGUCACCAGCUUCCGGGAUGGGCUCUUCAGUUUGCACCUGAGUGAGAUGUCAUCGGCAGACUCCAAGGGGGACAUCCUCUUGGUCAGUGACCAUGUGGUUGAACUGCUGGCAAAAAUGUACCAAGCUGUGCUGGAUGCCACGCAGAGGCAACUCUCUGUCACCGUGACUGAGAAGUUCUCAGUGAGGUUCAAGGACAGCAGUGUGGCUGUCAAGGUUAUCCAGGGUCCUGAGGGGGCUGGGAACAGCAAGCUGACUUUCAAGAAGAAGGGAAGUCAUGCCAUGGAGGUGACUGUGAGGUGAUUACGUUGGAGCCUCCUGGAGACACAGCUUUUUCCUCUGGACCAAAACUUUGGCCUAGCUCUUCUGAUCGUGAGAAGGGGCUUAGAGUUGAAGAACCCUUGAAAACGACCUUUCUGUUCCUAGACCUUUCCAGAAUCCUUUCCCAAACAUAGCAUCCUCCCAGCGUCAGUCCGUACGCCCACUAAUAAAUCACGCGCUUCAGAAAGGUC